UGUCUCAAAAAAAAAAAAAAAAAAGGAAAUGCUCUUAUGACAAACAUCUAGCAUGGUGAGUAACAUAGUAGAUAAUAAAUAAUCGCUAAUAAUAUUAGAAGAAUUACAAUUUAGCAAUAACUCGUUUCUUCUAGCUUCUGUUGUGCAGGGAGGUAUAACUACAAAGAUUCCUAACCAUUUCUACAUCAUUCUUAGGAUGCUUCUAUAGCAGUUUGCCACCUGUUUAUAGAACCUGUAACUAUUUGUGAUGGUGCCUAGAUUAAAGUCAGCCCUAAAUCUUUGCUCAAAAUGAACUCACCCCUACUCUCAUGCCUCUCAUCCAUAUUUACUAUGUCCAAAUCCAUCUGUCUGUUGAUAGUUUCCUUGCUAUCCACAGCCAUACCACAUAUAGAAUGGGGAGUGAGUUCAGGCCUGAGCCAAUUCAAGUGUGGAUUUGGAACCUGGGAGAAGGGAAAAAAAAAAAAGGCCUCAUAGAGGCAUGGGAUAGUAUUAAGCAGAAACAGAAAGAUAAAGAUGGUUUAUGGUUCAUUCUACACUCCAGAAUGAUAAUGCAAUAAGCUAAAUCCUAUAGAUGCUUUUGAAGUGUUUUAUGUGAGGGAAAUUAGCCAGUCUGUCAGCUCCAAUACAAAUAACCUCAGGAUUCUUCCUUCACAUUCCUCAGUGGUUCCUCAGAGGGGAGUUGCCUCUGAGAACUGUGUCAGCCCCGUGGAAAGAGGAUCUCUAGGCAGGCCCACCAGGGUCAGAAUUUUAAGAUAUAGACCUUGAAUAGAGAGGCCUUUAAGGUCUAGAGUAGGAGUCAAUCAGCAAAUUAUGGUCUCUGCCAGGGUGUUUUUGUAUGGUCCACAAGCUGAGAAUGGCUUUUACAUUUUUAAAGAGUUGUUGUUUGUUUGUUUUUUUAAAAGGGAAUUGCUAAGAAAGUAAAUUUCAAGUAUUCUCACCAAAAGAAGAUAAGUAUUUGAGGCAAUGGAUAUGUUAAUUAGCUUAAUUUAAUUUAAUUUAAUUAUUCCACAUGAUAUUCAUAAAUCAUAGUAUCACUUUGUGCUCCAUAGAUAUAUACAAUUAUAAAUUGUAAAUUUACAAGAAAAAAAGUUUUACAAAGAUGUGGCAGUACUAUACGGCCCACAAAGCCGAAAUCUUUACAGAAAGAUUUUGCUGAUCCCUGAUUUUGAUGCCCCUUCUCUGAAAGGAAAUGGGUCUCACCAGAGGCUGCAGGAGGUUUGAACAUCUGUUUUAAAUCCCAGGGUAGAGACUUACAGAAAAAGAGGUGUCACCAUCAACAAAGAAUAGAUUUCUAGUUCUCCUCUUCAGGAGUUCCGGAGACCUGGCAAACUAACCCAAUACUGAGGGAUUGCUGGGCUAGAAAGAGUGAAGUCUUGUGUUGGGUUUAGAAUACAGUAUCGCCUUUGUUCUAACUGAGCAGUAGAAUACAUCCCUCAUUAAUGUUGCUCUCUCAGGCCUUUUAGGCUACAUUCCAGUGAGUCCUGCUGCUGAAUGCCACAUCAGUGGGAUACAGGCCCCAGAUCAGUGUCCUGGGCCCACAAACAGGGGAGAAUUAGCUUUGUGGCUCUUAGAUAGACAAGGGAGUAAGUGAAAUUGUUUCUUUUGCUUGCAUAUUUCUAAAUUCCUUAUUAUAAGUUAGUGGAAAUUAAUACCUUACAUCUAGGUAAGCAUAUUCCUAUUUCAUCUGUUCCUCAAACCAUAGGUGGGGAUUAUAGGCCUGAAAGAAGGGCACUGCAUCUCUGGGCACAGACCAGGCCCACUUCCUAAUGCGGCCACUGUGACCCUAGAAGAGGGAGGACACAGGAGAAGGCCAGGGCGCUCUACCUGCAUGCAUGGAUGACCAUUAUAUUUCUGAAAUACUUUAGUCCAAAGACUACAGCAUUUACAUUUCCCUUAUUCUUUUUAUUUUUCAAAUAUUUUUUCCUACCACACACCAGAAGAUGGAUACAGUUAGUCCUUUUACUAGAUGGCAAAUACAGAGCUUUGAGAGAACAGGUACCCUGCCCCAGAUGACCUAGCAAGUUGGAGGAAAACCCAAGAAUGAAAGCAGUGUUCCUGUCUUUGGGCAUCCUACCACUAUCCUAGGCAUGAGUAGUUUCCAGAUGGAGCUAAGAUCAAACUCCUUUAUCACUAGUGAUCAAAUCUGGUUGUUUCUAAGGCUGCACUGUUGUUCUGAUGACCGAGUGGAUCAUCCUUGAAUGACAGGGAAAAAAUGUAUUAAAUGAGUCCCUCACCAGCCUACCUUUUUGCCAGCACCCUGGCUUCUUAAGGUAUUAACAUGUUGUGUCACUGACGAUGACCUACGAUUGCAGGAAGAUGACGGAGUCACUGUUCCUGUGUGCUUGGCUGCUUGGCUGUUUUGUUUGCACUUUGGCAUUCCUACCUGGUGAGUGGUACAUUUUUGUCAUUCCACAGCAGUCUGCUCUGCUCCUGACUCCAGAGUAAGCUAGUCUACAUCUAUUUACAUCAGCUUUCCAGCUGUCAGCCUCCUCAUGCUCCUGUCUGCCUGAGGGGGCAAGUAGACACUCUGGCAGGAGCUGCCUUUCAGGGAGGUUAGUGGGAUGUCCACAGAGUUCCAGAUACUGUAGUCAAAGUAUAAAGUCCCUGCGACCCCAGUCUCUAGGUCUUGCAGGGAUGAAGAAGCUUUCAGGAGAUUAUCUAGGCACAGCUCCUGGCCCAAUGAGAUUUCUAUCCUAGUGUGUCAUGUCUAGGAAAAAAUCUCUGAUGGCAGAUCUUCAAGAAAUUUGAUGUACAUGCUAAAAACCAUACAAAUUGGUUGAGGACUGGCCUAACCCAGCCUCUGUCUCAAAUUCCUAUAAAACCCUCCCAAAUAGGCUUUCUCUUUUUCUUUACAACGUCAGCACUCAAUGCUCUAGUUUGGGACUUAUGACUGAUAAGGCUGAGCUUCUGGGUAGCUGAGUGGCAGUCUUUCUUUGUUUUUAUUCAGAUUAUUUCAAUGCAGCCAAUUUGUGUGUGUGUAUGUGUGUACCCUGUCCAGAACAACAGGGCCUGCCUGUCUCAAGAGAGUACUAUGAGCAACAGCUUUCAACUUGAGGUCCACCUGGUCCCAGAGGUUUGGUGCUAGACAGCUGGACAUAUGAAAGCUCUGUUUGUUCCCUUUCGUCUUCCCUGUCCUGUUUAAUGCUGAACUGUUUUCAACAAGACUUGCUUCCUAUAGAAUCCAACUUAGCAACCUGGAGAAGCCUGAGGCCACUCCUGGAGCAGGAAGCUGCCCUAGAUUUGGGCAGUAACCAGUAGAACUUGAUACUGACGCCAGAGUGUAAAAAUAAACACCUCCUACAGUUCUGUCUUAAUCCAUUGGCAUCACAGUUGCUAUUAUUAACCCAUAGGCCUCACAGGCAGCUGUGAUGGUCAGACAACAGCCUGGACAAAACGUAUCCUGCCAACUUGGGAUCACACUCUCUCCCCUUCACCUACUGGGAUAUGAUCUGGGGCCCCAGGAGAAGCACCAUCAGUGUAGGAGCAUGCCCUACAACAGGUGCCAAGCUCUCCUGAUGAAAUGUGUUCUGCCCCACUGGGCUCCAGGGACAGUGUCUGGUGCUGUUGAAGCCCUUAUUCGAACUUUCCAGAAUGGAUAGUCCCCCAAAGCUGACUGGAGAGACCCUCAUCGUUCAUCACAUCCCCCUGGUGCACUGCCAGGUCCCAGACAGGCAGUGCUGUGGAGGAGCAGGUGGAGGUAGUGGGAGCACAAGACCUAAUCCCUUCUGCCCACCUGAGCUGGGCAUCACCCAGCCUGAUCAAGACCUAGGACAAGCUGACUCUCUGCUGUUCAGCAGCCUGCACUCUGCUCCAGGAGGAACUGCACGGUCUAUAGACAGCACCAAGAGUAGGAGUCGGGAUGGAAGAGGCCCUGGAGCCCCCAAACGACACAACCCCUUCUUGCUGCAGGAGGGUGUGGGUGAGCCAGGACUUGGUGACCUGUAUGAUGACAGCAUUGGUGACAGUGCCACCCAGCAGUCCUUCCACCUGCAUGGCACUGGCCAGCCCACCUUUCAUCUAUCCUCUUUCCAGCUGCCACCAUCUGGCCCCAGAGUGGGCAGGCCAUGGGGGGCAACACGCAGUCGGGCUGGAGUGGUGGAAGGGCAGGAACAGGAGCCAGUGACGACCUUGGAUACCCAGCAGUGCAGCGCCAGCCACUGCUGCCGGCCAGAGCUGGAAGCAGACACUAUGGAGCUGGAUGAGUGUGGGGGACCUGGUGGGAGUGGCAGCGGGGGUGGAGCCAGUGAUACCUCUGGCUUUUCCUUUGACCAGGAAUGGAAGCUUAGUUCAGAUGAAUCCCCAAGGAACCCUGGAUGCUCUGGCUCAGGGGCCCAGCACUGCCGCUGCAGUAGCACAUCCAGUCAGUCCGAGGCAGCUGACCAGUCCAUGGGCUACGUGAGCGACUCUUCCUGCAACAGUUCAGAUGGUGUGCUGGUCACCUUCAGCACCCUCUACAACAAGAUGCAUGGCACUCCCCGUGCCAAUCUCAACUCUGCCCCACAGUCCUGCAGCGACUCUUCCUUCUGCAGCCACUCAGACCCUGGCGCCUUCUACCUGGAUCUGCAGCCCUCCCCAGCUGAGUCUAAGAUGUCUUAUGAGUCCCAUCACCCUGAAAGUGGAGGAAGGGAAGGGGGCUAUGGUUGCCCUCAUGCCUCAUCUCCUGAGCUUGAUGCCAACUGCAACUCCUACCGCCCACACUGUGAGCCGUGCCCAGCAGUGGCUGACCUCACAGCCUGCUUCCAAAGCCAGGCCCGUCUUGUUGUGGCCACACAAAAUUACUAUAAACUUGUCACCUGUGACCUGUCCUCCCAAUCAUCCCCAAGCCCUGCUGGCUCUUCCAUCACCAGCUGCUCUGAGGAACACACCAAGAUAAGUCCCCCACCAGGCCCUGGCCCAGACCCAGGCCCCAGCCAGCCCUCUGAGUAUUACCUAUUCCAGAAGCCAGAAGUCCAGCCAGAGGAACAAGAAGCAGUGAGUUCCUCCAGCGAGGCAGCAGCUGCUGUGGGCCCCACUGUGCUUGAGGGGCAAGUAUACACGAAUACUUCACCCCCCAACCUCGGCACUGGACGUCAGCGCUCCCGCAGCUAUGAUCGCAGCCUGGAGCGCAGCCCUCCUGUCCGCCUGGGCUCACUGGAACGCAUGUUGAGUUGCCCAGUGCGCUUAAGUGAGGGCCCUGCAGCCAUAGCCGGGCCUAGCUCCCCACCCAGGAGGGUCACCUCCUUUGCCGAGCUGGCCAAGGGCCGGAAGAAAACUGGAGGCUCUGGCUCGCCCCCACUUCGUGUGAGUGUUGGGGACUCCUCCCAGGAGUUCUCACCCAUCCAAGAAGCCCAGCAAGAUCGGGGGGCCCCACUGGAUGAGGGCACUCGCUGUAGCCAUAGCCUGCCACCCAUGCCCUUGGGGCCAGGCAUGGACUUACUUGGCCCAAAGCCAAGUCCACCCUGGUCCACCCAGGUCUGUCAGGGACCCCACUCCAGUGAGAUGCCUUCUGCUGGCCUUAGAGCUGCGGGGCAAGGUCCCCUGGCUCAGCUGAUGGAUCCAGGGACUGCUCUCCCGGGGAGCCCAGCCAACAGCCAUACCCAGAGGGAUGCAAGAGCUAGAGCUGAUGGGGGUGGCACUGAGAGCCGACCAGUCCUUCGCUACAGCAAGGAACAGAGGCCAACCACGCUGCCCAUCCAGCCCUUCGUGUUCCAGCACCACUUCCCCAAGCAGCUGGCUAAGGCCCGGGCCCUCCACAGCCUUUCCCAGCUCUACAGCCUCUCAGGCUGCAGCCGUACACAGCAGCCUGCCCCACUGGCUGCCCCUGCUGCUCAAGUCUCAGUCCCAGCUCCCUCAGGGGAGCCGCAGGCAUCCACUCUCCGAGCCACUGGCAGAGGUGCCAGGAAAGCUGGGUCUGAGCCAGAGACCUCUCGGCCAUCGCCCCUGGGAAGCUACUCCCCCAUCCGGAGUGUUGGCCCCUUUGGGCCCAGCACUGACUCUUCUGCCUCCACUUCGUGCUCCCCUCCUCCAGAGCAGCCCACAGCCACAGAAAGCCUGCCCCCAUGGAGCCACUCCUGUCCUCCUGCUGUCCGGCCUGCCACCUCCCAGCAGCCGCAGAAGGAGGAUCAGAAGAUACUGACCUUGACUGAGUACCGGCUCCAUGGAACAGGAAGCUUGCCGCCUCUGGGCUCCUGGCGAUCUGGCCUCAGCCGAGCAGAGAGCCUGGCCCGGGGAGGUGGUGAGGGCAGCAUGGCCACCAGGCCCAGUAAUGCCAACCACCUAUCCCCUCAAGCCCUUAAGUGGCGGGAAUACAGGAGGAAGAACCCACUAGGGCCACCUGGUUUGUCAGGAAUCCUAGACCGAAGAUCACAAGAAGCUCGGCUGGCCCGAAGAAACCCUAUCUUUGAGUUCCCUGGCUCCCUCAGUGCUGCCAGCCAUCUGAACUGCCGGCUGAAUGGCCAAGCAGUGAAGCCGUUUCCACUGACCUGCCCUGACUUCCAGGACCCCUUUUCCUUGACGGAGAAGCCUCCAGCUGAGUUUUGUCUGUCCCCAGAUGGCAGCUCAGAGGCCAUUUCCAUUGACCUGCUUCAGAAAAAAGGGCUGGUAAAAGCUGUUAACACUGCUGUGGACCUCAUUGUGGCCCAUUUUGGCACAAGCCGGGAUCCCGGGGUGAAGGCAAAGCUGGGAAACAGUUCUGUGAGCCCCAAUGUGGGCCACCUGGUUCUGAAGUACUUGUGCCCUGCUGUCCGCGCUGUGCUGGAGGAUGGGCUCAAGGCCUUUGUACUGGACGUCAUCAUCGGGCAGCGUAAGAACAUGCCAUGGAGUGUGGUUGAGGCUUCCACACAGCUAGGCCCAUCCACCAAGGUCCUGCAUGGCCUCUACAACAAAGUCAGCCAAUUCCCAGAGCUCACCAGUCAUACCAUGCGCUUCAACGCCUUCAUCCUCGGCCUGCUCAACAUCCGGUCCCUGGAGUUCUGGUUUAAUCACCUCUAUAACCACGAAGACAUCAUCCAGACCCACUACCAGCCCUGGGGCUUCCUGAGUGCAGCUCAUACCGUGUGUCCCAGCCUCUUUGAGGAGCUGCUGCUGCUGCUACAGCCCCUGGCCCUGCUGCCCUUCAGCCUCGACUUGCUAUUCCAGCACCGUCUGCUGCAAAGUGGGCAGCAGCAGCGGCAGCACAAGGAACUGCUGCGGGUGUCCCAGGACCUGCUGCUGUCUGCCCACUCCACGCUGCAGCUGGCCCGGGCCCGGGGCCAGGAGGGCCCUGGAGACAUGGACAGGGCAGCCCAAGGGGAGCGGGUGAAGGGCGUGGGUGCCUCAGAAGGUGGAGAAGAAGAAGAGGAAGAAGAAGAGACAGAAGAGGUGGCAGAGGCAGCCGGGGGCUCAGGGCGUGGCAGGUGGGCCCGAGGUGGGCAGGCCGGCUGGUGGUACCAGCUGAUGCAGAGCUCCCAGGUCUACAUUGAUGGCUCCACUGAGGGUUCCAGGUUCCCUCGUGGUAGCAGCAAUAGCAGCAGUGAGAAAAAGAAAGGGGCAGGAGGUGGGGGGCCUCCCCAGGCUCCACCACCCCGAGAGGGAGUAGUGGAGGGGGCUGAGGCCUGCCCUGCCUCUGAGGAGGCCCUGGGCCGGGAAAGGGGCUGGCCCUUCUGGAUGGGGAGCCCCCCUGACUCUGUGCUGGCUGAGCUGAGGCGCAGUCGGGAGAGGGAAGGGCCUGCGGCCCCACCAGCAGAAAAUGAGGGAGGGGCCUCAGAGCCUUCACCUGGAGGCAUCAAGUGGGGACACCUCUUUGGCUCCCGAAAAGCCCAGCGGGAGGCCCGGCCCACAAACAGGCUCCCCUCGGACUGGCUGAGCCUGGACAAGUCCAUGUUCCAACUAGUGGCACAGACAGUGGGUGCCCGCCGGGAGCCAGAGCCCAAGGAGAGCCUGCAGGAGCCACACUCUCCAGCCCUGCCCUCCAGCCCUCCAUGUGAGGUGCAGGCACUGUGCCACCACCUGGCCACCGGCCCUGGACAGCUGAGCUUCCACAAAGGAGACAUCCUACGAGUGCUGGGGCAAGCUGGAGGAGACUGGCUGCGCUGCAGCCGUGGCCCUGACUCUGGCCUGGUGCCCCUGGCCUACGUGACAUUGACCCCAACUCCAAGUCCAACCCCUGGAAGCAGCCAAAACUGAGGCCCUGUGCAUGCUGGUGGCCUCAGGGACCCUCAUAACCCCCAGACUCAGAGCCUGAGAGCCCUUCCCAAGCCAUUGGCUUGGCUGCAGAGUAGACUGAGAGCUGGGGCCACGUAUCCCUGUGCUGGCACCUGCUCCCUGUGCUCAGUAUUAAUUACGCCCCCUUAACUGCCCCAGUGGCCUCGUCCAGACCUCCACCCAGGAAAGGAGGGACAGGACGCAGCACUGGGCUGCCAGGAUUUCCCUGGCCCGUCUGGGUCAACCUUUCCAUGGGUGAAGACAAGCAAGUCCCCCUGGAGGCAGGUGGCCUAGAAAGCCAUCUACAGGAUUCCCUAGGCCAGGUGGAGAUGAGGAUGGGUAACAGUAUUGGGGCCAGAUCCCUAAGCCCCCCAGCUGUAAAUAGGCUAUGGCCAGUGCCUGGUCAUCAGAAGAGGGAGGAGGAGCCCAGGCGUCUGUUUAUGUAUUUAUUUAUUUAUUUAUUAUACCUAUUAAUAAAAAAGGUGCUCAGCCUCCA